AUGGGCAUGUGCUUCGAGCCCUCUGUGGGGUGCAACCCAGGCCAGAGGUUCGGAGAGUACAUUGCGAGGAACAUCCGGCACGAAAAGGGCAUCUGCACGACGACAGUCGAGUUCACUUGCUGUACAAAGUGA